AAGAAGAAAUAUUGCUGUUAAAUGAGUUUGGACAGCAUGACAUCACGGGGUAAUUAAAACAGCUCUCUGGAAUUCCGUUUCCAAUUCCUGCGCUCAGGUUUGUUGGAGGAGUUUUUCGAGCACCUGCAGGUUGGUGUGUGAGUGAGAUAUUUUCACUGGACGGAGUUCAAACUUUGAAGGGAAAGAGAAAAAAACGGAGGCAGCGGCAUUACGCCAUUCUUGCCUCUCUUGGAAAAAAGUGGGAUUUAAAGAAGUUUCUUACAAGAUAUCCAGCAGAAUCGUGCCGUGGAGCGUUUAAUGCAAGUCCACUUUUCUCUGCCUUUUCUUGGAUUUCUAUCACAGACAGGAUCUCUGCAGCACUAUGGUUCUUACAGAUGACGGAUGGGAGAAUAAGGGUUUGCAGGAUUUGUUUCUUCAACUUAUAAAACUCAGUUAUUGUCCACAUCUUUGCUUUUACAACCUUGCAUAUGUCUAUAGUCUAUUUGAGACGGGAGAGGCACUUUUUAUUCAUUCUUCGUCUGGCAGAGCGCAGAGUGAACUCAGAGGAUGAAAGACUCGGACGGAACAGGACUGCUCACUCUUCUUUUUCUAAACAAACAGGUCAAUUCAUUCUGAACAGACUGCGGUUUAUUACAAUGACGGCCUGGCAAAAGGCAAAAGGGCUUUAGGAUGAAAGUUGUGAAGCGUCUCUCUCUUCUGCUGAGCUGCUGGACUCUCAUUUACCUGCAUCCCGUCUUCGGUUCACUCAGCCGGACCAGACCGACCGAGCACCACCGCCACCGGCUUGGAGAGGCAGCGGAGCGCACGGCAGGCGGCGGCGAAGGAGAUCAAGCCAACGUAAGAGCCGGCGGAGGAAUCGGUGUGUCUACACCGGCAGCGGGGAGGCAACUGGCGACCGCUUCUGGGACGUGGAAACCUUCAUCAGUGAGUCCGGUGAGGAUUACGCGGAUCCGCGCAGGCCCGCCCUUAAUAAAGGGCGAGACGACUGUUAUUAAAAGCAAAUUUACAGCGGGGACAUCUCCGUCCUCAUCCUCGCCAUCGCGCGCCGAGGCCGUGCCGGUGAACCGUGCACAGCAGCAACAACAACAACAACGGGACACAUCAGUUAACUUAGGGCGCAAAGAGGCUGUGCGCUCCUGGCUGCCCGUCGGGGAUGCUCACAGCAAAACGCAUGCUCCCGCGGCUUUUAGCGCACAUGCAGCAGGUAAAGGAGUCGGGACUGCUGAUGGAAGGGGAGGCUCACCGGGGAAACACUUUGGGAAAGUUGCUUCCAGAGCGAGUGCAGCUGCUCCAGUGCGCACCGGGCCUCCCCAAAGAGCCACCGCUGCGCAAACGCAGCAGCAGCAGAACGCGGGUCCGGUGGCGCAGCGGGGAGCCAGCAACAAGGCCCAGAAACUUGGUGACCGGGAAGCGCAUCACAAACAGCCGCUGGUCACUCCUCAUGACUACAUGCUGUCGCUGUACUGGUCUCUGUCCACAGGGGACCUGAACAGCAGCGCUCUGCACGAAGCGGGUCUGGCCAACACCAUCACCAGCUUCGUGGAUAAAGGACAAGAUGAGCGUGGGCCCCAGCUGAGACGGCAGAGGUAUCACUUCAACAUCAGCUCUCUGGAACGAGACGGGCUCCUGGGGGCCGAGCUACGCAUCCUGAGGAAGCGCCUGUCUGACCCUCGCAGAGCCUCAAUGGGAUCCACAGCCGCUGAUGGAGGAGGAGGGGGUGGAGGAAGCUUGUCCCCAUGCCUGAAGCUGUACACCUGUGCUUCAGGUAAACAACAGGCAGUUCUGCUCCAGACAAAGACCGCGGAGGAUCUGCUGAGUGGAGGCGGAUUUGGCAGCAAAUGGGAAGUGUUUGACAUAUGGAAAGUCUUCAAGGGCUUCAAAAACCAGCAGAACCAGUAUUCCCAGCAGCUGUGCUUUGAAUUUGAGGCCCUGGAGCACAGAGGCGGUCGGCCCAUGGACCUGCGCACUCUGGGGUUCGCCAGAUCCGGCAGGACCAACAAGGAAAAGGCCUUCUUCCUGGCGUUUGGCAAAAGCAAGAAGCGUGACCUUUUCUACAACGAGAUCAAAGCGCGGUCAGGGUAUGACAACAAAACCGUCUACGAAUACCUGUUCACUCAGCGACGAAUGCGCCGAGCUCCUGCUGCAAGGGGGACUAAAAAGCCGCAGCAGCAGCCGCCACAGUCCCUCCCCCAACUACCGGUGGUGAAGACGCAGACAAGGUCGCGGUGUCACAAGAGACGACUCCACGUGAACUUCAAGGAGAUGGGCUGGGACGACUGGAUCAUCGCACCGCUGGAUUACGAGGCUUUUCACUGCGAUGGCGUCUGCGACUUCCCCAUCCGCUCGCACCUUGAGCCGACUAACCACGCCAUCAUACAGACCCUGAUGAACUCCAUGGACCCAGAUUCGACGCCGCCCACCUGCUGCGUCCCGACACGACUCAGCCCAAUCAGCAUACUCUACAUCGACUCCGCCAACAACGUCGUCUACAAACAGUAUGAGGACAUGGUGGUGGAGUCGUGCGGUUGCAGGUAGCAAAGAAAGGCGAGACGAAGCGCCAGAACAAAAGACAGUGUCUGCCCUUCAAUUUGAGGAAAGAUGGAUUUGUUUGUUAAUAUAAUAACCAAACCUAAAAUGGGAAGAUCAACACUGAGAACCAUUCAGUUGACUGGGACCGAACUCACUGCUAUGUAACAGCCAUUACUCUUCACAGUCAAGUGGACUGUCAGACUGCAUACCAAAGGCUGUUACACACUGACUAAACAGAGAAAGAUAAACUCGUUGGAGGUGAUGCUCUGUAACACUCACUCACUGUUGAUGUUGGUGGCGAUGAGAAAGAUGCAUUUGAGAGAAGCGAAACACUUUUUGGAUUAAAAAAGACUUCUCACAUUAGGCUCAAACUGAUUUUUACUGCUUCUGUUGUCUCUCUUCUGACUUGUAUCUGUGUCCUGAUUGGUGUAAAAAGUUUGUGUGUAACAGAAAUGCUAUUGAACUAUUAGUGAACUAUACUCAGAAAUGCCCUUUUUCCAGCACUUAUCUGCCAUUGUGCCUUUGCCCAUUCAGAUGUACAAUGAAGAGUAAUUUGUGUGUCUUGUCCAAGAUGUUUUUAUGAAGCAUGUAAGGAAUUCCUGAUGUAUAAAUACAGGCCAGUGAUGAAGUGCAUAUCUGACCUGCCCCAAAUGUGGGAAAGUUGCAUAAACUACUCUUCAAUAAAAAAUGUCUAAUUGACUGAGCUCCAAACUCCUAUCAGUCUGAACGUCUGCCCCCAAGGUUCCGUAGACUAAACUAUCAGAGGAAUUUGCAAGAUUCCCUUAUGCCAAAUCACAAUUUAACCCGAGAAUGACUGUGUUUGGCUUGGAACACAAGUGUUUCUGUUGCUGGCUUCACAAACUGCUGCAAGGGCAUUUCCUUCUCAAUUACUGUCUGCCAAAUAUUUGGAACAAGAAACUUGGAUUUCUAUCUGUUAUGUUCUGCAUCUCAGUUAAUGCGAUCAUUACCCAGGAUCUGGAUCAAACACUCCUAUUCCCUGUAGGCUUGAAAGGCAGCUGUGGACUUUGUAUACGCGUCCUCAACAAGCACGGCGGUCAGCUUGAAUUCCCGCCAAGGUGUUUGUAAGAACUUCUCAAGCUACUCCUGCAGCUUGCUGUUAAAACGCUUGUUAUCCAUUCAUCUUCUAUACCUGCUUAUCCGUCGCCUGUCAAUCACAGAGCACACAGAGACAAACAACCACUCAGACUCACAUUCACACCUAAGGGAAAUGAGAACUCACGCAGACAUGGGGAAAACGUGCAAACUCCACAUAGAAAGGCCUGGGACGACUGAGGUUCAAACACCAGACCUCCUUGCUGAGGCAACAGUGGUAACCACUUUACCGCCGUGCCGCCCUAAAUGCUUAUUAUGUUCUAGCUAAAUAUUUCAAAGGCUAGUUUUUUUUGGUCUCAAUCCUCAUGCGUGAGCUUGAUAGUAGGCAUGUAGAUUAACUUGCUCUCGUCAGAAAAAGUGGUUGAAUCUUGAAUCGGAAAUCCGGUUAUUAAGAAAGUGACAUACCUGGGAGCCAAUCAGAAAGCUCUAAUUAAGUACUUAAGAGUACAAUAUUAAUCAACGCACGGCAGAAUAUGAAGCCAUCAGAUGCCAGGUCUAUACGGCUUGUGUUGGAUUAAAUUUAUAUCAGUGAUAAAAUAACAAGUAACCAAUUUCCCAAUUUCUUUUUACAAAAGAAGAUUAUUUAUCCCUAUAACCCCACCAUCAGCAACAUCAGUGUCCCUUUUCCUAGUAAAAUAAAUGCACCAAAAUAGAGCUGAAGUUUUCCCUGUUGCCCCCUGAACUCUCAGUUAGCACACUGAGCUCACAGAGAAGCUAAUACUGCCCUUUAUUGCACAAGACAGGUGUGAACAGCAGGGCUGCAGGAACACAGAAUGAGUCUUUUUGUUCUGAUUUUGGCAAAUAUGUGUGUGAAUUUGGAAAACACCAAGCAUAUGAAUGGCCAGUGGAGAAGUGGAACAUGCUGUAGGGGUGGUGUGAUAAGGUUUAAAGUGAUGUUUUGAUAAGCUUCUUACAAAAACUGCAAGUGAUGUCAAUGGAAAAUCACGGCAGCUGCAUUAAAGCCUUCAGGGGAGACCGUUUGUUACUUCAUUGCACUAGGCAACUCUAAAGUAAACAGAAAUGACAGUAUAAAUGUUUGAAGGUUAUUUGAACUAACCUAAAAGUUAUGUAAUUGUGAUGUCUGUACAUUGUCCACAACAUUCACAUUUCCAACCAGGCUGGUUUCUGAAGCUUGAUUCAAAAGGAGGGUAAAGUGUCUCACUUCUGGCAUCACACACAUUCUCUCUAGCAGAGCUACUGUUUUGUUUUCGACAUAAAAUUAGGUGCAGCUUAAAGUGUCACUUAAAGGUAGAGACCGCAACUCUAUCACAAGCGUCAGGCCUCUUUGUUGAGUUUUUUUCCUUUCUUCAAACAUUUUACAGCCCAGAAACCAAACAGUACAUUGACUUUUGCCCCAGACACAGUCAGUUUAAAACGUACCUUCACACCCCUAAUGUCAUGACCCUUCAGGCACAUCCUCAUGGCCUGUUUUGUACAGACAGCUUUAUUGUUGCUAUGUAACACAUACAACAGCAGCAACAUUUCUCGGUCUGCGUUUAUUUCAGUCAGCAGCGAGCGCACCUGUCUGCCUGUAAAGCUCCUCAACCAUUGGAUGAAACCAUCUGUGCAGAGCGAAUGGCUUGUUUCUCUUGGAGACGGAGUGAUGUAAGCAUUUCCUUUAAUCAAAGCUGAGGCAUGCCAGUGUUAUUGCCCCCUCGCCCAAAACCUGAACUGACAAGGCAAAAGGUGGGGAGAGGCUGAGCAGGACUGGAGUUAAAAACAACUUUAAAGAAUUUAAUCUUGCAGCUCCACAGCAGGAAUGUUGGAUUAAAAAUUACAAACUGCAGAGCAUUUAAAGGAAAUUUUACAGUUAGUGUCUGCACAGAUGUAUUAACACAGACUUUGAAGACAGGAGCAUGGGAAUACCAGCUUUGUUUAGUUUGUGUUUAAUCCCAGUGCAGCUCAUUUGUGCUCAGGAUACAAGUUGAGUUUGGAAAGCACUUGUUGCAACUGUCCAGGAGGUAAUGUGUCAUGUAGCAGCUGCAGAGCCCCCUGUUUUCUCAUUAACACAAUAAGAACUAUGUAUUUUAAGCCAUGCUGCUGUUGCAGUUUCCAUUAUCACCUCUAGAGAUGUAAACUUAAGAUUUAUAUUUUGUUUAUCGUGAAUUAAAUGAAAAAAUAUGUGGU